CGAGGCGGUGCAGGAAGCCGACUGGAGCUGGCGGCUCUUGCUACUGCCGGUACCGCUUAACCUCCCGCAUCCGGAGCGCCGCUGCCUGGCUUGCGGCCGCCCGGCUUUCCGAGAGAGCGUGCUUCCCUCCCGCAUGCACAGCUGCGCCUGGCCGGGUAGGGUCAGCUGCGGGAGAUUGAGGAUGGGGGAGUAGCUGCUGGUGGCGACUCCGCAACACCGAGAUUCAGUUGAGAGACGAUAUUAUGUUUGGGUCACCCUUGGAGUAAUUGGACAGAACUUCUCAAUCUUGCAGAUUCAUCACCUGGAACCAGCAGUGUUUCUUAAUGUUCACUUAAAUCAGAACUUGUAUAAGGAAAGAAAUGGGAGUCUGGUUAAAUAAAGAUGACUGUGUGAGAGACUUGAGAAAGGUCAUUCUCUGUUUUUUAAUAGUGUGUAUGGCCAUUUUGGUGGUCUCAGAUCAGGAUUUUUACAGUUUACUUGGCGUAUCCAAAACUGCAAGCAGUAGACAAAUACGACAAGCUUUCAAGAAGUUGGCAUUGAAGCUUCAUCCUGAUAAAAACCCGAAUAACCCAAAUGCACAUAGUGAUUUUUUAAAAAUAAAUAGAGCAUACGAAGUACUCAAAGACGAAGAUCUGAGGAAAAAGUAUGACAAAUAUGGAGAAAAGGGAUUGGCAGAUAAUCAAGAAGGAGGCCAGUAUGAAAGCUGGAAUUAUUAUCGUUACGAUUUUGGUAUUUAUGAUGAUGAUCCUGAAAUCAUAACAUUGGAUAGAAGAGAAUUUGAUGCUGCUGUUAACUCAGGGGAACUGUGGUUUGUGAACUUUUACUCCCCGGGAUGUUCGCACUGCCAUGAUUUAGCUCCCACGUGGAGAGACUUCGCUAAAGAAGUGGAUGGAUUACUUCGAAUUGGAGCCGUUAACUGUGGCGAUGAUAGAAGGCUUUGCCGAAUGAAAGGAGUGAACAGUUAUCCUAGCCUCUUCAUUUUUAGGUCUGGAAUGGCUGCAGUGAAAUACCAUGGUGACAGAUCAAAGGAAAGUUUAGUGAGUUUCGCCAUGCAGCAUGUUAAAAGUACAGUGACAGAAUUAUGGACAGGGAAUUUUGUUAAUGCCAUACAAACUGCUUUUGCUGCUGGUAUCGGCUGGCUGAUCACUUUUUGUUCCAAAGGAGGAGAUUGUUUGACUUCACAGACACGUCUCAGGCUUAGUGGCAUGUUGGAUGGUCUUGUCAAUGUAGGCUGGAUGGACUGUGCCACCCAGGCCAACCUUUGUACAAGUCUGGAUAUUACAACAAGCACUACUGCCUAUUUUCCUCCUGGAGCCACUUUAAAUAGCAAAGAGAAAAGCAGUGUUUUGUUUCUUAAUUCAUUGGAUGCUAAAGAAAUAUAUUUGGAAAUAAUGCAUAAUCUUCCAGAUUUUGAACUACUUUCGGCAGACACACUAGAGGAUCGUUUGGCUCAUCAUCGAUGGCUCUUAUUUUUUUAUUUUGGAGAAAAUGGAAAUUCAACUGAUCCUGAGUUGAAGAAACUAAAGACUCUACUUAAAAAUGAACAUAUUCAAAUUGGCAAGUUUGACUGUUCCUCUGCACCGGCCAUCUGCAGUGAUCUCUAUGUUUUCCAGCCAUGUCUAGCAGUGUUUAAAGGACAAGGAACCAAAGAAUAUGAGAUUCAUCAUGGAAAGAAGAUCCUUUAUGAUAUACUUGCCUUUGCCAAAGAAAGUGUUCAUUCUCAUGUUACCACACUUGGACCUCAGAAUUUUCCUGCCAGUCACAAAGAACCAUGGCUUGUUGAUUUUUUUGCCCCUUGGUGUCCACCAUGUCGAGCUUUAUUGCCAGAGUUACGAAAAGCAUCAAAGCAUCUUUAUGGUCAGCUUAAGUUUGGUACACUAGAUUGUACAGUCCAUGAGGGGCUCUGUAACAUGUAUAACAUCCAGGCUUACCCAACAACAGUGGUGUUCAACCAGUCCAACGUGCACGAGUAUGAAGGACAUCACUCUGCCGAACAGAUCCUGGAGUUCAUAGAGGAUCUUAGGAAUCCUUCGGUGAUCUCCCUGACACCUGGUACUUUCAGUGAACUAGUUAAACAAAGAAAACAUGACGAAGUCUGGAUGGUUGAUUUCUAUUCUCCGUGGUGUCAUCCAUGUCAAGUUUUAAUGCCAGAAUGGAAAAGAAUGGCCCGGACAUUAACUGGGCUGAUCAAUGUGGGCAGCAUAGACUGCCAACAGUAUCAUUCUUUUUGUGCCGAAGAAAAUGUUCAGAGAUACCCUGAGAUAAGAUUUUAUCCCUCAAAAUCAAGUAAAGGUUAUCAAUACCAUAGUUACAAUGGUUGGAAUAGGGAUGCCUAUUCCCUAAGAAUCUGGGGCCUAGGAUUUUUGCCUCAAGCGUCCAUAGAUCUAACACCUCAGACCUUCAAUGAAAAAGUCUUACAAGGGAAAAACCAUUGGGUGGUUGACUUCUAUGCUCCUUGGUGUGGACCUUGCCAAAACUUUGCUCCCGAGUUUGAGCUCUUGGCUAGGAUGAUUAAAGGAAAAGUGAAAGCUGGAAAAGUAGACUGUCAGGCUUAUGCUCAAAUAUGCCAGAAAGCUGGUAUCAGAGCCUACCCAACUGUCAAGUUUUAUCCCUACGAAACAGCAAAGAGAAAUAUCUGGGGAGAGCAAAUAGAUUCCAGAGAUGCAAAAGAGAUUGCUAACUUAAUACAUGAAAAAUUGGAAAGUCUCCAAAAAGAUGGAAAGAGAAAUAAGGAUGAGCUUUAAUAAUAUUGAAGAUGAAGAAAAAAUGAAAAAUUCUGACAAGUGGUGACAUCAGAAGACAUCGUCUUAGACUGUUACUACAUUUGUGGUGGGAAUAGAAGAACGUUACAUUGGACGUGUAAUUGUACCAUCGAAAUUCUAUACAACAUUGGUAUGAAUGAAGGGUCUGCAAGCCUUUUCUGCUAAGGGUCCGAUCAUAAAUAUUUUAGGCUUUGUGGACCAUAUGCAGUUCUUGGUCACAUAUGGUUGUUUUGUUUUGGUUUGGUUUGGUUUGGUUUGGUUUUUGUUUUGUUUUGUUUUACAACCCUUUGAAAAAUGUACAAACCAUUCUUAGCUGAGGGCCAUCCACUAAAAGGCCACAAGCCACAUGCAGUCCUCAGGCCACAGGUUGCUGACUACUGGAGAUGGUGUUUGGGCCGGCUGGCUUGAACAGGAGCCUCUGCUAGUAUGUGCCGAAGUGGUACAGUGUGAACUUCAUCACUUAAAGCGUUGUGACUCAUCUGAAAAGGGAGAACUUGGUUUUCCGUCACCUGUUCUUCUAGCAAUUCUUUAAAAUUGGUUCUCUAAUCAUAUAUUUCAUUUAAAAAACAUGAUGUGGCAAAAUAAAUUGAUAUCCUAUUUUCAUGAUAUAGUGAAGAGAUCUUCAUUUUCUUCCCUUACUUAAAGGUUGAAUAAUUGAUUUUAAUUUUUCACAAUUGAGAAAAAAAUUUUUACAGUAAGUAAACAAAUUCUAUAGAUUACCACAGCAUUCAGAAAUAUCUGUGGAAAAAAUAUGUAUAGCAAUUAACAGAACACUGUAGAGUAUCCCAAAUAUAUCAAGUAUUUAGAGUUCUAUAUUUUAAAGAUUUGUCUUAAUUUAUUUUCUAAGUGUUUUUCAUAAAAGUUUUCCCUGUGAUAAUAAGUAACUUUGAAGCAUCUUUCUAAUAUUUAUGGUUUUGCCUUCUGGACUCUUGAUGUGUGUCUUUUGUUUACAUUUGCCUUUAUUCAUAGUUGUGUUUUACUCUUGACUAAUCUCUUCAUUAUUCAAAUAGGAAAAAGAACUUUGCAGUUUUAUUUCACUUUAAGUCACGAUGAUACUGCGGUCAUUCCAGUUGUUAAUCCACUGUUGGAGGCUGCCAUGUUCAGAUAAAUAUUGGCACAAUAACAAGUUAUUUUUCUAAGAAAAUUAAGUACAUAAAUCUAAAGAUGAGACCUUUUAGUUUCUGAGUCAUUCAGACUCAGUCCAAAUAUUGUUUCCUUGCCUUUUAACAAAGCAUUGUUAGAUAUAAUUUAGGGUGUAUGGGAUGGUAAAAACCCCAGUAUAACUCUAAAGGGGUCUGUAAAUUUAAAAAAAUACUCAGUUUUCCCAAAAACCUUUUAGGAUUAUGCUUUAUUAUAUUGGAAGUUUUUAUUUUUUUAGUACCACUUUAACCUCCUUCCCCGAUGUUUCCUUAUAAAUAUUUACAAUUACAAUUUAUAGAAAAAGUAAUAGAUUUUUUAUUUUCAAGUGUAACCCCGUACUUUACAGUCUCUCUCAUAUUGUUUUUAGUGUAUUUCUUACCUCCUUAUCUUAGAUUUCAUUUUACACAUGUAGGCACAUACAGAAGAAUCGCCACUUUGAGCCUUAAUUUAACCUUGUUGAAUUAUGAUCAGUAAUGGCAAGUGCCUUUUAUUUAUUAAAUUUUCAAAGCCUAGAAAAUUCUUUAAAUUAGCUUGUUUCUAUAAGAAUCCAAAAAUGGAAUGCCUAAGGAAGUCCUCGUAAAUACUGACUGAGUUACCGUACCAGCUACAGGAACACCAGUGUGCUGGACACUGAGGAGAGUACAGAUGGACGUGAAGGCAUCGGCCCCAUCUCCCAAGUUUAUGUCACUCUCAGUUCUGACCCUGAAUCCAUAAACAAGUAAAUAAGUGACUGUAUACUACUGCCUGUAAUUCCAAAUUUAAUUGAAAACAUCUUAAGCAGUACAUAUAGUAGUAAAAUUAUAUAUCCUAUAAUUUGGCCUCAGUACAAACCUGUGGAAUCGGCUCUGAGGCCAGUGCUGCCUGGGAGUCAUGUUAAGUACUACGUAUCGUAUUAGUAAUACAUAUCAAGAGGCUAUUUUCUUCAAUCAUAUCAGCGUCGUUGGGUAAUUAAAAAACAGCUGACAGAAUUAAAGGUUUUAAUGGCUGCACUAGUGCAGUGGAGCACCUCCAAGAGUGCCACGUCCCUCGGCAGCACCGUUGUGUAUGAGGGUGGCCUCAGGUGACACGGCACGUCUCUAGCAGAGCAGAGUGCGUGUUGUUGGGCAGCUGGGUGUGAAAAUCAGAUGCAUUCGAUUGUGUGAAACCAUUUGUAAUUUCUGUUCUUGGCAUUAAUCAUGCUUGCCUAUCUCAGUUUCCCAGUUUUUAUUGAACAUCUUUCCUAUCUUUUUUAAUUAAAGUAUAUGAUUAAGAUGAAGUAAAAAUAAAAUGAAAUAAUUAUUAUAUAA